AUGGCUACUCGUCCCUCCAACAUUGGUAUCAAGGCCAUUGAGCUCUACUUCCCCAGCCAGUGCGUUGACCAGUCCGAACUUGAAAAGUUCGAUGGCGUCUCUCAAGGCAAAUACACGAUUGGUCUCGGCCAGACCAAGAUGUCGUUUUGCGACGACCGUGAGGACAUUUACUCCCUCGCCCUGACCACCGUCUCCUCGCUGUUUAAGAAAUACAAUGUCGACCCCAAGAGCAUUGGUCGUCUUGAAGUCGGUACCGAGACGCUGCUUGACAAGUCCAAGUCGGUCAAGUCUGUCCUGAUGCAACUUUUCGAGGAAUCCGGCAACUACAACAUUGAGGGUGUUGACACUGUAAACGCAUGCUACGGUGGAACCAACGCUCUCUUCAACUCGGUCAACUGGAUGGAGUCCUCCGGCUGGGACGGCCGUGACGCCGUCGUCGUCGCUGGUGACAUUGCACUAUACAAGAAGGGCAACGCUCGCCCGACGGGCGGAGCUGGAUGUGUAGCCAUGCUCAUCGGUCCCAACGCUCCUAUCGUCAUGGAUGCUGGCCAGCGCGGUUCCUACAUCAGGCACGCGUACGACUUUUACAAGCCCGACCUUACCAGCGAGUACCCCAUUGUCGAUGGCCACUUCUCCAUCCGCUGCUACACCGAGGCUGUUGAUGCUUGCUACAAGGCCUACAACGAGCGUGAGAAGACGCUCAAGGCACAACAAAAUGGACACGCCGUCCACCAGGAUGUCGAGACACCGCUCGACCGCUUUGACUACAUGGCUUUCCACGCCCCCACCUGCAAGCUUGUCGCCAAGUCAUAUGCGCGUCUGCUCUACAACGACUACCUUGUCAACCCUACCAACCCCAUUUUUGCCGAGGUUCCCGCCGAGCUCCGCGACCUCGACUACGCCACUUCCGUCACCGACAAGACAGUCGAGAAGGUCUUCAUGGGUCUCGCCAAGAAGCGCUUCGCGUCCCGUGUCCAGGCUAGCAUCCAGGUCCCCACCCAGUGCGGUAACAUGUACUGCGGCAGUGUCUACGGUAGCUUGUGCAGUUUGAUUGCCAACAUCAGCAGCCAGGAUCUGCAGGGCAAGCGCAUCGGCAUGUUCAGCUACGGAAGUGGUCUGGCCUCGUCGCUGUUCUCCUUCACCGUCAAGGGCGACACCGAGAACAUUGCCAAGCAGCUCGAUAUCCAGAACCGUCUCGAGCAGAGGCGUGUAGUUGCACCAGAGGUUUACGACGAGAUGUGCAACCUCCGUGAGCAAGCUCACUUGCAAAAGGACUACACCCCCAAGGGAAGCGCCGAGACCAUCCUCCCCGGCACUUACUACCUCACCGGUGUUGACAGCAUGUUCCGCCGUUCUUACGAGAUCAAGCAGUAG